AUGGCAGCAGAGGACAACGCGAAGAGAUUAGAAGAGGCGAAGAGCCAGGCGAAGGACCAACCAGCAAAGGCGGAGCAGAUAUACAAGGACGUAUUAUCAAAACCACCUGGCUCGAAUGACAAGGCUGUGCGCGACUUUGAGAAGGCGUUGCAGGGACUAGGAGAGUUGUACCGGGAUCACAAGCGACCUCAGGACCUUCAGAACCUCAUCCAGCAGACAAGAGAUGUCCUCACCAGCUUCGCACGAGCGAAGACGGCCAAGCUGGUCCGCCAACUCCUCGACCUCUUCGCCGCCAUCCCCAACACCCUCGAGAUCCAGAUCGACACCGUCAAAUCCUCCAUCGAUUGGGCCGUCAAACAACGCCAGGGUUUCCUCCGACAGAACCUCGAGGUCCGCCUUGUUGGCCUCUACAUGCAGAAGCAAUCCUACUACGACUCCCUCACGCUCAUCAACAGCCUGCUAAAAGAGCUCAAACGCCUCGACGACAAGCUCGUCCUAGUCGAAGUCCAACUCCUCGAAUCGCGCGUCUAUCAUGCUCUCGGCAACGUCCCCAAAGGCCGCGCCGCCCUCACCUCCGCCCGUACCUCCGCGGCCAGCGUAUACUGCCCACCCCUCCUCCAAGCAGGACUGGACAUGCAAUCCGGCCAACUCCACGCCGAAGACAACGACUUCAACACCGCCUUCUCCUACUUCAUCGAAGCAAUGGAAGGCUACCACAGCCAAGACGAAGCCGCCAAAGCCACUUCCGCACUACAGUACAUGCUCCUCUGCAAGAUCAUGCUGAACCUCAAAGACGACGUCGACGCUCUCAUGACCUCGAAGAACGCCCUCAAAUACGCCGGCAAGAACCUCGACGCCAUGAAAGCCGUCGCACGCGCGCACAGCAAUCGCAGUCUAGAAGAGUACGAACAAGCCCUGCACAACUACCGCCGCGAACUCGGCAGCGACCGCUUCAUCGCCUCGCAUCUCCGCCGGCUGUACGACAGCAUGCUAGAGCAGAACCUGAUCAAAGUCAUCGAGCCCUUUUCGCGCGUCGAGAUCAGCCACGUGGCGCAGAUGGUCGGGCUGGACGUCGCGCAGGUGGAGCGGAAGCUGAGCCAGAUGAUUCUGGAUCGGGUGAUUAUUGGGGUGCUGGAUCAAGGGGCGGGCGUGCUGGUGGUGUUUGAGGAGACGGAGAAGGAUAAGGGGUAUGAUGCGGCGCUGGAGACGAUUGAGAAGUUGAACACGGUGGUGGAUGUGCUUUAUACUAAUCAGGCGAGCUUGCUGGAGUGA